CGAUUCCCUUGCGAAAACUGCAUUAUUGAAAAAUCUAUUUUUUGGAAAGAUGGAAUGGUGUGGUGUCACCAUUUCUACUCACAAAAUCAAUCAAGCCAAAUUCAAAACAAACCAGAAUCUCGACCAGAAACCACCCACCAUGAAAUUAUCAACCACUCCCCUCGCUCUCUUGGCACUGACCGCCGGUACCUGCCGGGGCGAGACAGCAUCAAACGAUCCAGCCGUGUCCUGUUGCAUCCAACGGGGGGGAACCUCCGGAACCGUGGUAGGCCUCACGGGGGAGUCCGGGAUUUGUACCUACAAGGGCAGGAACUACGAAGCGAGUUUUUUCCUGGACACCUUUUGUGGCCGCGCGAACUUCCCGGUCGUGAACGUCCAGUACACUCAGUGCAUCCAGCCCAACCAGGAGGGAUUCCAGAUCACCUGCCUGAACUGCUGCGAGUCGAACUACCACAACUUCCAGGCGAGGUGCGGGAGCGACCGCUCCUGUCUGUCGGCCAACGGAAGCGCCUUCAACACCUGCGAGGACGGCUGCGUCAACCAGUGCGUCGGCUACUGCUUCGAGAACGACACGGAUUGCGUCAACCAGUGCGACCAAACCGUGGGGCAAUCCGACCUCCGGCAGAACUGUUUCCAGACGUGCACGGAACAGGCCGAGCUGUGCUACCAGCAAUGCGUGGACCAGCGGAACAACAGCGCAAACAGCAUAGGGGCCUAGACAGGAUGAGAUCCGUCCGAGCAAUAGAGUUCAGCAACAGCACAACGAACAAUAGAUAUAGAUGUAGCGAAUCAAUCAAGAUAAUCAAUGAAA